AGGACCCGCGCUGCAGACAUGAGCCCGCUGCUGCUGCUUCUCUUGGCUGUGCUGGCUCCCAGCAGCCUCUCCGCGGAGCCGGAGAUAGAAACCACUCCUGAUGUCUUCAUUGCCUACAAAGUCCUGGAGGUUUUCCCCAAAAGCCGCCGAGUCCAAAUAAUGUGCCACUCACCCCAGGCGCCCCCACCCAUCACCUACUCGCUCUGGGGGAGCCAGGACAUUGAGGUGGCCAAGAAGGUGGUGAAGACGCAAGUCCCGGCCUCCUUCAGUAUCAACGUCACGCUCACGUCCAGAGCCGACCUGCUCACCUACUCCUGCCAGGCCUCCGCCGGGGACAGGCGCGUGGCCAGCACCAAGCUGCAGAUGUACUGGGAGCUGUGGACCAAGCCCGUGUCCCAAGUGCAGGCUGACUUCACCCUGCUGGGCAGCGUGUCAGAGCCCAUGGUGGAGAUCUCCUGCCAGGCGUCCUCGGGCAGCCCACCCAUCACCUACAGCCUGGUUGGAAAAGAUGGGCACGUCCACAUGCAGCAGAACCCCGACUACGGGCAGCCGGCCAACUUCUCCUUCCCCCUGACCCAGACAUCAAACUGGCUCCAGUGCCAGGCUGCCAAUGACAUCAGUGUCCAGCGCAGCCCCCCCACACUGGUGCCCCCAGGUGAGAGGCCUUCUUGGGUGUUUGGGAAGCUG